CCGAUCAACAUGGCAACAGAGCACUAUUCAUCGAGAACAUUGAUUGCUAUCCAUUUAUGACGCACAAAAUUACCCAAACUCAAUUUCGUACCUUGUUUACUUCGAGGAAAAUUUCCAGUUUCUUUAACUAUCUACUCGACAAGUUACAUCUGAUCGAUUUGCUUCGCGGAAAGACAUCAGUAGUUUUGAUUCUUCAUUUGACAUAGAGACGUGACGCUUGGUUGUUACAGCAGAAAUGUCGGACGGAGAAGCAGAAAACGUCAAGGUGGCCGUUAGAGUGAGGCCUUUUAAUAAACGUGAAAAGGCCCGAAAUGCAACUUUGAUAGUUGAAAUGAAAGGUCAAACAACGUACUUAACAAAUCCAGAAGAGCCUGGUGAAGAACCCAAAAAAUUCACGUUCGACUACAGUUAUUGGUCUCAUGACGGAUUCGAAGAAAAACCAAACGGCUACCUGGGAGCUACCAAUCCAAAAUAUGCUGAUCAGAUGAAAGUGUAUAAUGAUCUUGGUAAAGGAGUUCUGAAAAAUGCUUGGGAAGGAUUCAACACGUCACUCUUUGCCUAUGGACAGACUGGUUCAGGGAAAUCUUGGUCAAUUGUUGGAUAUGGUACAAACAAAGGCAUUGUACCAAUCUUUUGUGAAGAAAUUUUCAAAGGAAUUGAUGAGAAAAAGCAAGGAGGAGAUGAGGCACAAUUUGAGGUGUUUUUCAGUAUGCUUGAAAUCUACAAUGAGAAGGUGCGUGACCUUUUGAACCCUUCCACCAAUAAGGGUGGCUUGCGGGUGCGCCAACAUCCUUCAAAAGGAUUCUAUGCUGACGGACUUAAGACUGUGCCUGUUAGUGAAUACAAAGAUAUUGAAAUGCGCAUGGAGGAAGGAACAACAAACAGGACUGUAGCAGCCACAAACAUGAACGCAACAAGCAGCCGUGCACACACUAUAGUUGGUGUGAAAUUCGUGCAAAAGAGGAAGAAUGAGGCUGGGGAGGAGACAGCUAAAACAUCUCUUAUCAACUUGGUUGACUUGGCUGGAAGUGAGAGAGCAGAUUCUACUGGAGCAACAGGAGAUAGACUGAAAGAAGGAGCUGCCAUCAAUCAGUCAUUGUCCAGUUUAGGAAAUGUUAUUGCAGCUCUUGUAGACAAGGCCAAUGGGAAAAAUGUCAGAGUUCCAUUCAGAGAUUCAGUUUUGACAAAACUUUUGAAAAACGCUCUUGGUGGCAACAGUAAAACCAUGAUGAUUGCUGCCAUCAGUCCUGCGGACAUAAACUAUGAUGAAACUCUCUCAACCUUAAGAUAUGCUGACCGUGCUAAACAGAUCAAAACAUCGGCGAAAGUCAACGAGGAUCCUACAGAGAAACUGAUCAGGGAGUUGAAAGAAGAAAAUGACAAACUCAUGGAAAUGUUAAAGAAAGCUCAAGCAGGCGAAUCUGUGAAGAUAUCAGCCGACGAUGACGAUGAUGACGGCGAGAAGGAAGGAUUGUCUGAAGAGGAAAUGGCCGAACUCAGGAAACAGAUUGAAGAGGAGAUAAAAGCAUCUAUGGCACAAACAGAGCAGGAAACACAGGACAUGAAUAAGAGUUGGGAUGAUAGAGUUGCUGAAAAUAAAAAGGAUAUCAAGGAUAAAGAAGCUGAAAAGAAAGAACGUCAGUCAACUCCUCAUCUGUGGAACUUGAACCCAGAUCCCCAGCUGACGGGAAUGAUUGUGCACAUGGUUAAAUCAGGAGUCGUUAAAGUCGGCAACAAAAAGGGUGAUCCGCCAGCAGACAUUGUUCUUCAUGGAUUAAACAUCCUGAAGCAACACUGUGAAAUUAAAAAUGAAGGUUCUAAAAAGAUCACCAUCAAAACCUUUGGCGAAGCUAAAGUCCUUGUCAAUGGAGAACCGGUUGAUGAUGACGAAGAAGAAGAACUUCACCAUCUGGACAGAGUUAUGUUUGGCACAAGUCACCUUUAUGUCUUUCAUCAUCCUGCUGAGGCGCAGUCGUCUUCUUUGAAGCAGGCGGACAUAACAUAUGAAAUGGCGCAGGAGGAAAUCGCCAAGAACGCCGGACUUGACGUGGAUGAUCAGGAGUCAAAAGAAGCAAUGUUGUUACGAGAAGAUCUGGCAGAUCUGAUGCCGAUGGUAAAUGAAGCAAAUGCCAUCAGUCAAGAGUUGGAUAAGAAGGUUUCGUUUGAAGUCUCCGUUGUCUCUGCCAAGGCUCGCGGACUCCCCGAAGGAAGACCCGAGCCAUACGUAGUCAUGCGGGACUUACAAACUGGCGUCGAAUACCUCUGGCCAAAAGCCAAGUUUAUCAACAGGAAAUACGUCAUGGACGAAAUGUACGAAAAUUUCGAAGACGGCGAUGAUUGGCAGCUCGAAGACGAGAAAGAUCCUUUUACUGAAAGCCCGGAUGUCGAGAGUCUGAUUGGCUGUGUGGCUGUUCCUAUGCAGAGUCUGGGAUAUGUGCUUGAUAUGAGAGAACAGCUAAGUAUCACUGAUUAUAAAGGAAAAGAACUGGGCUAUCUUAAUGUAGAAGUCGUUCCUUUAAACGAAAAUGGAAAAGAAAUCACAGAAGAAGAUGACAUCUUUAUUGACGAUCCUAGUCAACUGGAAGGUAGAAAGCUAGUGUUUGUGGUGCGAGUGCAGAGUGCAAAGGGAAUUCCAAAGCGCUACACGGACGUGUACUGUAAAUAUUCCAUGUACCUUGAAGCGGAUCUUAAGACGGAAGUAAAAUCUGGAACAAGGAAUCCCGAAUUUAACUACGAAAGAACUUUCAGUUUUGAGAGAGUUCCACCGAAGUUAAUCCAGUUUCUGAAAAACAAGGAGGUCAUUAUACAGCUCUGGGGAAAGCAAGUGGUCGACAUGAAACCGGUCAACAAAACUGCCAAGAAAGGAAAAGAUACCAAAGCAAUUAUGAGAGCAGAAACACUAAAGAAAAACGUGUCUCUCACUCCUGCUGUAGUAAAAGGAAUGGCAGACAAUGCAACAUUAAAGAAGCAGAACAAACGACUCCAAGACAAAAUGAAUCAUCUUCGCCAGCUCUGUGACAAGAAACAGUCCGAAGGCAAAAGUGAUGUACCGAUAUCCGAACUGCGGGCCAUUAUCGGAGAAAUGAAUUCAAACACUCAGACGACUGCUCCUCAUGCCUCCGCUCCUGCAACAACGGGUCGAGCUCCUGUAGAGAGAAGGAAUGAGAGCAGCGCAUGCACCAUCUUGUAACCUAAUUCUGUUGAGACUCAGUAGCCAUGACUGUUUUCACAGCUCAAUAGCGAGCUUACGUGGACGUGUGAGAGCUUCGUGUGCGCAGGGCCUUGUAAUAUCCUGCACGAGAACAAAUACUUUUCAAUUGUGUUGUGAUGAUUUCUAUGUAGCAUUCGUCUUCUCGUCUCUAAGUUGGCUUUAAGAGACCUCAUUCUCCAGCUCUUUCCUAAGCGUACCACGACACACCAGCAAAUUUUAAUUCUUUGAGUGUCAUUUAAAUAGUUUCAAUAUAUAAUAAAAUAGUUCUGGUCCUCUCGAUGCUGGCCAGCAAAAUAUUCUUCAAUGUACAUAACACAGAUACGCAGUACACGAGAUGUUGAAAUUUUACAAGUUCAUCAUACGUCAUUUACAGGUGCUCUUAGACCCUAAAAAUAGAGAGGAAAAGAAAAUCCGUAGGAUUUCUUAGCACGAUUGAAAAGUAAUGGGGCGAUUUGAAGUAAAAACAGAAGGAUUUUUGUUUUGCUGUAUUUUAUUUUUGUAACCGUUAACAUGGCCAUGAUGUUCAGGGCGCCUGUCGCGACAUUGCAUGACAAUCAGAGAGAGGCAGAACUGGACUGGGCUUGUUUAUUCAUUUAAAAUAAAGCACAAGAAAACUUUUA